UUUUUCAGAUGACGUUUGCGAAAGAUUUUGCCUACUAUGGUGCCAUGGGACCCGAUCACUGGGGUGAGCAGUAUAGUACGUGCAGUGGCAAACAUCAGAGUCCAAUCAACAUCGAUUCGCUUAAUGUGAUUCGGCGCACCUUCCCGCAACCACUCAAAUUCCAAUGGUUUCAAUUGACGCCCAAAAAUGCUGAAAUCCUAAAUAACGGACACACUGUGGUGGUGCGCCUUGAAUACAAAGACGAACGUCCAACCAUAUCUGGUGGUCCACUUGAUGGUUCGUUCGCUUUCGAGCAACUGCACUUUCACUGGGGCGAUAAUGAUACCGUCGGUAGCGAGGAUCGCAUAAAUAAUGUCUCAUUCCCCGCAGAGUUGCAUAUGGUUUUUAGAAAUACGAAGUAUCAAACAUUUGGCGAAGCGGCAAAGCAUAGUAAUGGUGUGGCAGUUUUGGCAUAUUUUUACAAAAUAACAGAAGAUGAUAACUCGGAUUAUGCUGAAUUCACUGAGCUGCUACAGCAUGUCAUCAAACCAAAUUCGGUAGCCAAGUUCGUCGAUCCGCCAAAUCUAUGGGAUUUCGUAAAUGUCUAUAUGGAGUAUUAUACCUAUGUAGGAUCGUUAACCACGCCGCCUUGCAGUGAGGAUGUGACUUGGAUUGAUUUUAAGGAACCAGUUGGUAUAUCAACCAAACAGAUUGAGCAUUUUCGACGCCUGCACUCGCACGAAAACACGCCAUUGACUCACAAUUUCCGUCCACUGCAGCCGCUUAACGAUCGCACCGUCUUUUACUCGCUUCCAGUACCGGAUCUCGAUGACCCCGCCAUGGAUGCAAAUAGUGCAAUACCCUUUGUUGAUAAUUUGGCUGGUGGCGCAUCCAUGCGGAAGCCUAUUGAAAUCAAUUUCAUGAUCAUAAUGCUGAUAUUAAUUAGUUUAAUAACAACAACAAAGGCAGCGGCAUGUUUAGCUUAAGUAAGCAAAGAAAAUACUUAGAUAGAUAUUGUAAUAUGAAGUGGCUUGUAUUGCCUAUUAAUUUCAUGGUUAUUAUGUACUUGUCCAUUUGGUCGAUUUUUAUGGCCUAUAUGUAAGCCAUAUGUAUGUAUGUGCAUAUGUGCGUAUAUUAGAGAACGCGUACCACGCGUAAAAACAUAAUUUAAUACAACGCCAUCGAAUUGUUAAUUAAUACUAUCUAUAAUAUCUGUAAUUAAUUGUAUUUGAAAGGUAAUUUUCCCAAAUUAGAUUUACACACAUACUUAUAGUAAAUAUGUAUGUAUAAGCAUUAUGGUGUUUAACCAAGUUAUAAUUAAGUUAUUUUUUUAACAUAAAGAGAUAUGUAUGCAAGUACGAGUAAAGAAUGAAUUUUAUUAUAAAAGUAAUAAAAUUGUGAUUUAUAAUAAAAGAAAUACAAAUAGAUAAAAAUAACAAUUGUAAGCCCAUCGGAAAGGGUAUACGUAAUUUCUAUCCGAUUUUCAAUAGCCAAAAUAAAGCUGGUAUGUACAUUAGAGUGCCUCACCGAAAAAAGUUGCACGAACAUUCCACGAAAAUAGAUAUUUAUGAUAUAAGUAUAUCACUGUGGAACCCAAAGAAAAACCUAGAGUGCACAUAUAUCAGGUGUAAUAGCUGUUGGCCAUACGAACAAUGCCUCUCACUCAGAUUUACUAGAUUAAUUCGUGUUCUCGAGAAAACAAGUUUUCAUGAUUCAAAAAUCUGAGUAAAGCGGUAAAUUUUUUUUCUCCAAAUUUUGAAAAUGUAUGGUUUUAUUUUUGGUCCAUAUUUGUUGAAAAUAGCAUGCCAAGCAAAUAUAAGUCCAAAAACGAUGGAUUUUCAAAAUUUGUAGAAAAAAAAAUUGGCCG